AAGCGCACCCAGGACCAGUUCUCAGGGAGUGGGCACACAGUGACCACGUCACGCCACCCAUAUAUCACAGACCCCAUCGCCUCCAAGCGCAUCUGCUUCUAUAAGAGCGGUGACCCUCAGUUCAAUGGCCUGCGCAUGGUCAUCAACAACCGCACCUUCAAGACUUUCGAUGCCCUCCUAGACAGCCUCUCCAAGAAGGUCCCGCUGCCAUUCGGAGUAAGGAACAUCACCACUCCCCGAGGGGUCCAUGCAGUGCACACACUAGAUGAACUGGAGGAUGGGAAGGCCUACAUCUGCUCUGACCAGCGGAAGGUCAAACCCAUUAACAUGGCAGUAGCCAAUAAGAAGCUACCACCUUGGUACAAUGCCCGCCCCAUGAGCGCCCGGCGUCGGGCCUUGCAGCUGGCCAAACAGAACCCUGGCAGGCCCAUGCACAUAAAUACCCCUGUAUGCACACCUAAGAGGUUGAUGGUAUUCCAGAAUGGGGACCCCAGUGUCAAACAUAAUCUGAUGCUACAGAAGAGAACCACUCGCACAUUUGAGGCUCUGCUGGAUUACUUGUCCGAGUUGAUGCACUUUCCUGUGGUAAAACUACACACACCAGAUGGAAGAAGGGUGGAUGGGCUCCCAGCUCUGAUUUUAUGCUCUGGUAUUGUAGUAGCUGCUGGUCGCGAGGCUUUUAAAUCUGGGAACUACGAGACACAAAAAAUUUCUGCUUCAACAUGGCCGCCUGCUAGACGAAUGGCAUCUAAAAGACGAAAGCAACCAGCAUCCCGGAAAAAGAAACCUAUAUCUAGCGGCAAAUCAAAACUUUUCUCCCCAUUGUCAGAGAGAUACUUUGUGAAUCAGAUAAACCACUGCAUUGCAGGAAGUGAGUGUGACCUCUCCAGUAACAACGCAGAAUCUGUAGAACUGGAGGCUGGCCAUUUUCUAGAGUCAGUGGCCGAAACAGAUGGCGACUCCCACCAUGGAGAUAGGGGUGAAGGGGCAGACAACUGCAUCCCCGGUGACGAUGACAUUGAGAAGUCCUUUCGGGUGAACCAGGAUGGCAGCAUGACAGUGGAGAUGAAGGUGCGACUAACCAUCCGGGAGGAAGAAACCAUCCACUGGACCACCACCCUGAGCAGGUCCAGUGUGGCCAACCAGCUCAGUGCGGUUGAGUCUGAGCUGGAGAACAGUUCUCCUGAGUCCAGCAUCCUACCACCAACACAACCCAACACCAUGGGCACCAUCAAUGGGUACAAUGUUAAAAAGGAUGAUCAUGAUGAUAAGGACGAUAUGCCUCCAGAGACCAGCAGACUUACCAGUGUGGAAGUAGACAAUGAGGAUGAUACUAAAACACAUGUGGGUGUGGUCUCUCCCAGGAGGGCUCCUACCCCAGGACCCAGGAGAUACAGACAGAAGCAGGCCUCAGUGGAGAGCCUCAAAACAAUGUUGGGAGAUGAGAUUCAGGAGAACAUGGUAGGUUCUAACUCCUACAGAGAGACAACUGAGAACGGAGAGGUAAAGGAGGAAUACCGCAUGGGCAGACAGUGCAGCAGCAAGCCAGUUCCUAAACCAAGGGGAGUUGGAUCUGUGGAUAUCAACAAUUACAAUAAGACUCAAUCGACUUUUAAAUCAGGCAUGGCUGAGAUCUUGCAGAUCCAAGAUGACGGGGAGGAAGUCAUAGAAAGUGUAAUGCACAUAUACGAGCAGCAGACCUGUCAGGACAAUUUCCUGGCUAACAGCCAGUACAAUGUCCAGGGUGUGUCCAUAUAUGGGAUGAUGUACGGAAGAACAGCCACCUCUGACACAGCCCAGUUGUCCUCCAGUAAUGACUUGGAGCUGGAGCUGGGUAGACCCUCUACAGCCUCAAAUUCAAUCAGCGUGUGGAGGGCUGACCAGUCUCUUUCAUCUGAGUUUACCAUCCCCAAAUGUAAGGCUGGAGGAUCUCUCCUACGCAACAGGGUACUAAAUGUCCAUAAAACCCCUCUCUCCAUACCCACCAAAGACAAUGACACCCCAGAGUGGGUCUCUGAAGCAAGCAAAGAAAACUCCACCACUGGUGUAAAGAAAGUCAAGAAAAUGUUCUCAAAGCCCAAAGUUAAAAAGAACCAGGUUCGUAAGGUUACAACACCAGACAAAAGACGUAAAGAGAGUAAUGAAAAUGCUCCUGGAAACAAUAAAAUAGUGAAAACUGGGGGGUUUAGCAGCAAUGUAUCCAUAAGGAAAAUGUAUGGACCAAAACCUGGCAGAAGUCUCAUCAAAAACAAAAAGAAACUAAAAGGAAAGGAAAUCAAUUUAAAUAUUGAAAACCCAAAGGAAUCGGCAGUGAAAGAAUUACAUGUUACUGAAAAUAGAAACAAGACUUCAGUUUCAGUAAAGAAGAACGUAUUGCAUGUUACAUUUCCGACGGAGGCCCAGGUGGACGGAACACUAAAAAGGCAGAGGUCUAUGCACGAGGAGAGAAGGAUUGAUAAAGAGAGUCAUGAUCUGAGCUCUUCUAAUAUCAAUGAAUAUGUUGAGAAUUGGUUAGAGAAAGCCCUCCCAACUGUGUACCCAGACCCAGUGGAGGAAACUCAAAAUGUGGAGACACCAACAAUGUCUCCGGUAGAAACUGAGGGAGACAUUGUUCCAGAUGUAUCAGAAUUCAAUUGUGAAAUGGAUACUGAAGAAGAUGAGCCUUCUUUGUUUAAGGAAAUAACACAAAUACCAAGUAGUCUAUCUUUGGAAACGACUGCAUUUCCAAAUAGAACAUUUGAAAAUAUAGCAACAAGGACCAACCUGGCUUUGGAAAACAAAACAUUACCAUGUCCUUCUGACCAAUCAUCGCAAAAGACUCCAUUACACAGUGAUACUACACAGGAAAGGUUGCCCAUUAAUCUCUCAGUGGAAAAGACACUUUUCUCCAACGGUCUCUCCGUCUCUCCUACUGCAAUAAUCUUAGUAGAAAAGCCAUCACCAUCUGACAGUCAUUCAUUGGAAGAAACAUCUAUGCCUAAAAAUAUCUCAGAAGAGAAGCCACCUAUCACAAAUGGUCUGUCAUUGGAAAAUCAAUCAGUACCAAAUAGCUCCUCAAUAGAGAAGACCCCAGUCUCAAACAGUCUCUCGCCUGAGAAGACACAACUGCCUGCUAAAACGCAGAUGGAGAAGGCACCAUUAUCCAACAAAGACUUAGAUGUGUCUUCCAUAGGUAGCAGUCCUUCAUAUUUCAUGUAUUCAUCACCUAGUAGUCUAGGUGAUGAAGAACAACCCUUAUCAAGCAUUCCUUCAUCAAAUAAGGCUCCAUCGCCUACUGGCCAUGUAUUUGAAAAGACAACAUUGUUCAACCACUCCACUCUGAAAGAACCACCAUCACCUAAACUUCCAACAAAAAAGACAAGAUUGGUCAGUAAUCUCAUCCUGGAAAAGCAACUAACACUUAGAAAAGCUUCAGCUGAGAAGUCUUCAAUAUCCAGUGAUCCGACUGUGGAAAAGGGGUUGAUGGAUAAGGCACCAAUCUCCAAUGGUCUCUCACCUGAAAAGACAUCACUGCUUGCUAAAACUUGGAUAUCCAACAUUGUCUUAGAUGAGGCUCCCUUAGCUAGUAGUCCCUCAUGUUUCAUGUCGACAUCACCUGCUAGUCUCACAUCAGAUGAAAGACCCAUAUCAACCACUGGCCAUGUUUUGGAAAAAACAACAUUGUUUAACCACUCCACUCUGAAAGGACCAUCAACACCUAAACUCCUAAUGAAGAAGAAGCCAAUACCUCCCAGUCCCACUUUAGUGAAUCACGAAGAGAUGAACGGGGAUGAUAAGCUGAGCAAUUCAGACCAGGGAGACAGUACCAGAGUAACAGCAGAGGAGCCCCUAACAAAAACACAGAUACCGUCACACACAGACAAACUUCCUCCCCAGCCAGAUAUGAAACCUGUGCUAGAGAAGCUCUGUUUCUCAAUUCAGUCAAUUAGACAAAUCACACACAACAAUCGUCCAUCUUGUCUUGAAAAGUCAAACAGCUUGCCUGAUUUCUCCUCCCAUGUGGCCUCUACAUUUGGGUCAUCUACUGAAGCUCUCCUUUCUUUCUUAUCUGUUAUUACUUUAAAGGAAUGCUUCACUAACAGUGUAAGCUGUGCUGAGGCUUUGAAAAUUAUGGAGUCUCUGAGAGAAAUUGCCAAUAUGGAGGGUGCAGAGGAGUUGAAAGCUAGUCUGUCAGAAUUGCAAAAGUCAACUUCCACACAACUGCUUCAAAGUUGGAAGGGUUUCCAGGAACUCAACAGCAAAGUCAGAAGUCGCAGCUCAACACCGAACAGUUCAGAGCACAAUGUCUUGUUUGAGACAUGUCCAGAGAAGGACUACAUCAUUGAAGAAAAGUCAUUGGAUAUCGAUGAGCUAAUACAUGAGCUUGACUUGCCUGGAAAGUUUUGGGAAGCAUUGGCAGCCCUUCCAACGGGGGUGAGCGAAAGCAUGGUGGAGGGCGAUGAAAUAGAAAUGUCUAAAGAAGCAAAUGAAAAAGUGUCAUUCCCAGAGGAAAGGGUAAAUGCCAAAUCAACUGCAGUCCCUAAGGAAGAGGCUUCAAAUGAUAAUGUGCUUAAUAUUGAAGCUAAUGUUGAUGUUAAAUCCAUCGUUAAAAGAUUUAGAAAUAUUUACCAUCCCAAAGAGGUGACUGAAAACAAGAUGUCACCAAUCCCAGAGAGCCAAAGCAGUAGGCAAGAGCAGCCCUUCUCCUCAGAAGAACAAAAAUUUAAAGAGGAUUUUACUUGCCAUAGAAGCAGACAGGCAGCGAAUAAGGAAGGUUCUGAACUUGAGCAGGACAACUGGGAAGAAGAGGCUAAAUGUAGCGACAAACAGAUUGACCAUGAUAAAGAACAGACAUACUCAGACAUAGAGCAGGCUUACAGUUUAGCAUUGCAUGAUGGCUAUUUGGAACUGCAAGCGUGUCCCUUGAAGACCAAAGUGAAGGAUGGGGACAUGCAGUCAAGCUAUGUGGAGGAGGAGGAAAGCUUGGAGGAAGAGCAGGAAUACUAUAUUGAGAAUGCACUUGUGGAGCAGGAGAACAAAUGUAUGGAGCUGCAGCUUAGCAAUGAAGACGGACAGUCCACUGCUGAACAAACCCGGGCUAGCUCAAACCAACAUGAGGAGUCCGAGGUCACACUUGUUGAGUUGAAGGUUAGCAGGGAGGAGGAGGAAAGCUUGGAGGAAGAACAGGAAUGUCAUGUUGAGGACCAACUAAGCUAUAUGGUAUCAGAAAAUAGAUGUAUGGAGGAUGAAUGCUUGGAGGAAGAGCAGCAAUGUCACAUAGAGGAUCAGCCAAGCUAUGUGGGGCUGCAGGUUAGCUAUGAGGAAAGAGUAUCCAGCCUCAAGGAGCAGGCUACCUCAGAGGAAGAAUAUGAAUGUCAUAUAGAAGAUCAGCCAAACCAUGAGGAGCCAGAGGUCAAAUGCUUGGCGCUGCAGGAUAGCAGUGAGGACGGAAAGUCGACCCUUGAAGAAGACCAGGCUAUCUCAGAUGAAGAGCUGGAACAUCAUGUUGAGAACCAACCAAACCAUGAAGACACUGAGAUUAAAUGUAUGGAUGCAAAGGUUAGCAGUGAGGAAAGCAUGUCUAAUCGUGAAGAACAGCAGGUUAGCUCAGAGGAAGAGCUGGAAUGUCACAUUGAGAACCAGCCAAGUCAUGAAGAGAAGGGUGUUAAAUGUAUGAAGAUGCAGGUUAGUCGAGAAAAAAUAGAGUUCACCCCUGAAGAAGACAAGCCUAGCUUAGGGGAGGAAGAGGAAAGCCAUGAAGAUGACUUGAGCUAUGCAAAUGCACACAUUAACGUGCAGGAUGAGCAGACUCACUUAUGGGUGAAGCAGACUACUCAAAAAGAAACUGAGUGUACUGUCAGAGAAACACUGCCUAGAUUGUUCAAACAGCAUUCUAUUGCUGACAGGAUGGAUAAGGAUAGUGGGAAGAAUAGCGCGCAGCAUGUUAGCUUCGAACAACAAACUGAUACUGCAGAAGAAGCAAACUUUGAGGAUAAUCAGUGUAGCUAUGAAGAGAAGCUGUCUAGCUCUGAUGUAGAACAUGUUAGUCUAGAGGAUGAGCCAUACCCAGAGGAGGAGUAUCAGGAAACCUUAGAGGAAGAGCCUUCUGAGGAGGAUAAACAUUAUGAAAAGACUGAAGCAAAAACAACCAACUGUUUUGAGGAGCCAUUACCAUCUGUAGCAGAGCGAGUAAAAAUACUGGAUAAGAAGAUUGCUGAUGUAAAGCAAGGGAAAAGCAUUACUAUAGCGACAACUGGCAUCAAACCGUUUGGCCAAAUAGAGGUUUCUGCUGUCUCAGGCGGUGAUGAUGCCAAAGAGCAAGACAAAGCUCAUGUGCACACUUUUAAAAGGACAACGUGGCCUAUAAAUACAUCAGAGACUGUAGUCAUGUCCCCCCCAGCUCCACGAUCCUUGUUGGCAUUUAGCUAUGAUGGCUGUAUAACUAGAGAGCCUGACGGAAAUAGGGUCAAGUCAAUAAAGGAAUUGUUUAUAGCAAAAAGCGUUGUGGACAAUCUGUAUGGACAAACAAGACUACCCAGCCAAAACACCUCAGGUCUGUCUGACAACAGACCGGAGACUUCUGGCAGUGGUGGUCAUCAAUCACAGACAUCAACUGAGACGUCCAGUGGUGAGGAUGAUUCAGUGAAGAAAUCCAUCACCAAAUGCGUUGUCAGGAGAACAAUCGAAAGGCUUUAUGGAAAGAAAGAUACCAAUGUCAAAGACCGUGCCCGUGAAAGUCAGCCACCACCACCUCCCCUGAAACCCAAGCCCAGAGAAUUUCCUGGUAAGAUCAGCCUUUCCCCAUUUCAUAAUGCACAGACCAAAGGGAUGUCUGACUUAUCAUACUUCAAUGCCACAAGCUCUGUAGGCACAUACAGUGAUCCAACACGGUAUAUCGCCUUCAAUGCACAGGUCGAGCCUGGAGACUGUUUCCUGAUAGACAAAGACAGGUGGCUCCUCAGAGAGAGCGUGAUCAGAAAGUCUGUCUCCGAGCCUAUUGAUAUCAACAAGAACACAUCUGCAUCAACUGAAGAUGUGUGCAAAGAUACAGAAGAAGACGUCCCUUACUCCCUUUUCGGCCACACUGAUUUGGAGGACAUAGUGAAGUCUGUGAAGCCUUUGGUGCCAAAGUGCACCUAUUUCAAUCUGCCUCAUGGCUGUGACUCAGACCCGCACCAGGAUGACCUAAGCCCCGUCAGCAAGGGCAGUGCUAAGGGUGAAGUCUCAAAGGACAGUAAAGACAAGACAGAGAAACCAAAACUGUGGGCUGAGAAGAAUGGAAUAGCUUUUGCCCCUACUGACUUCAAGAUGCCAGAUAAUAAAGUGCACCCUCUAAUAGAAGGCCCGGGAGGUGGAAAGGUUGUGGUGGUACAGCCUGGCAAACGUCAGCCUGGCAAAGGUCAGACAGAUGUCAUGAAAAUUCCACAGGAGCCAGAUGCGCUAGAGAUGCUCUACUUCUCAUGUGGCCAGCACUGCCCCAUCCUGUGACUGUGACACACUUAAAUGUGGACUUUUUUUCUCCACAGGCAGCUUAGAAUCUACUGAAGCUAUUCAAAGGUACCAGGAGAUGUCAUAUACAGUGCCUAUAGAAAGUCUACACCCCUUUAACAUUUUUCAAAUCUUGCUGCCUUAAAAUUCAAUUUUUAAAAAGGAUUACAUUAGAUUUACCCCCCCUACAGAUCUACACAAUCUUCUCAAAGGAGACACUGGACUGAUCUUAUGGCACAUUGUUAGUUCAUGCUCUAGAAAUGUAUUGUCUAUAAGUAACCCCCUGCCUGAUACUUAAUGUUGUAUUGUGUAUUAGCUGUAGUUAAUUUAUCUGUGUAAUUGCAUUUCUCUUGCAUCCUUACAUAAGAGAGUGAACUCCGAAAGCUCCAGCUUGCAUUUACAAACAUAAUAACCAUGAGCAUAACUUGCAAUAACAGAUAAACUUUUAUUACAGUAGUUGUAUAUAGAUGUUUAUGACCUUUCUACAUUUCUGGCAGCUGUGAUCUAUUGUUCUGUUGAGUUUCUUCACUUUAUUUUUGUGAUAUGUCAAUUAAACAAAACAG